AUCAGCUGUGCGUCGUGGAGGGAGAAACUUCUCCUCCUCUUCAUUUUCCUUCUCCUUUUCUUUUCCUAUACUCCAAACUCCCCCGGACUGACAGCUUUUCCUCUAUCCUCUGAGCAGUCGUGGCCAGAGGAGCCCCCCCCCCUACCCCCGUCAGCAGACUGUUUUAUCUGUGUCUGGUAUAUAUCUGUUUGCUGGUGCGGGAAUUUCCGUCUCCCUCGUUUCGAGCGAGUCUGGGUGAGGAAUGAGAGGACUGCCGGAGAGGAAGAGCACAAACCUUUGAGUGGACAAAAGGACAGAAAGAGAGGGGAACUGCCGCAGAAAUGGAGGAAAACAAUACUCUGCCAGGAGCAACAUCUCCAUCUCCCGAUUUAAAAUCCAGCCCCCUGAGGCCUGAGCCGGAGGGAGAAAGCACCCCCCCGAAGCAAGACCCCCCCCAGAGGAUGGAGUCUCCUGCUAAGAAGGGCGCGGACCGAAUGCUGACUACACCCACAAAAUCUGACGUCAUCUCCCGAGCACCUGGCUCACCGGCAUCACCAGGUCUCAAGUCAAAAAAAGACAUCAUGAAGUCGGAGGAUAGGCAGAAGCUUGCAAAAGAACGCAGGGAAGAAAAGGCCAAAUAUCUUGAAGAGCUCAGCAACUUGCAAGCUGCCAAAAAGAGCCAGUGGCUGGAGAAAGAGGAGAAAGCGCGGCAGCUGAGGGAGCAGCAGCUGGAGGGACGUCGCAGGAAGCUCGAGGAGCAACGGCUUAAGGCAGAAAAACGGCGUGCAGCCUUGGAGGAGAGACAAAAACAAAAGCUGGAGAAGAACAAAGAGCGCUAUGAAGCAGCUAUCCACAGGUCAACUAAGAAGACGUGGGCAGAAAUCCGCCAGCAGAGAUGGUCAUGGGCUGGUGCCCUAAACCAGAACUCCAGCCAGAAAGAGAGCAGAUGCUCUGUUUCAACGGUCAACCUCCCCAAACACGUGGACUCUGUAAUAAACAAGCGGCUCUCCAAGUCCUCAGCCACACUUUGGAACUCCCCCAGCAGAACCCGCAGCCAUGCUCUGAGUGCAUGGGAGAGCAGUAUAGUGGACCGGCUGAUGACGCCCACGCUGUCUUUCCUCGCUCGCAGUCGCAGUGCUGCUAGUGUCCUCGGCAAUGGCAGAGAUGGUCACUCGCCUCUCUGCCCUCGUUCGGCCUCGGCCAGCCCCCUCACCCUGUGCGCCCACCAGCCCCACCACCGCUGCUCCGACCGCUGGAGGGUGACGUCCAGCACACCAGACAUCACGCAGCGCCAACACAGACGCAGCUCCACACCUAUGGAUAAAAAAAGGAAGGAAAAGAAAGACAAAGAACGGGAGAAUGAGAAGGAAAGAAGUGCAAUCACUAAAGAAAAGGUGCUGAAGAAAAGACAAUCUCUGCCCAGUAUGAGACACAGACCUGAUCCAAGCCCCAGUCCUUUAUCGAGACAACGGCCGGCAUCUCCAGCCACACCCAAGGGAAGAACUGCCUCUCCGAGCCCCGCGGCCUCCCCCAAGCCCCCGUCAGCACGUGGGAGCCCAACAACUCCUAAAGCCCGACCCAAACGAGCCAGGACCCCUGCUAGGAUAGACCACCGAACCUCUUCCCCAGCUCGCAUUGGGAAAGUGAAGGAGCCGCGCAGACCUGCCACUCCAGAGGACAGAAAGAGUUCCCCUGCGGCUCCUGGUACUGCAGUAUCCAGUGAUGCGGCCGUGGCCCCCUCGGGCCGGACCGUCUCCCCUGCGCCCUCUCCAUCAGCCAAGCCCAUGGCAGGCACCAACGACCCCGAGGAGGCCGUUCGCAUCCUGGCAGAGAGACGCCGGCAGGCCCGAGAGCAGCGGGAGAGGGAGGAGACGGAGCGACGCGAACAGGAGGAGAAAGAGAGGAUUCUGAGAGUGGAGCGAGUUGCAAAGGAGGCAGAAGAGAGGCGACUCAGGGAGGAGGAGGCCCGGGCCAUGGCCGAAGAGCAGCAGAAGAGGGAUGAAGAGCAGCGGCUCAAAGAUGAGAAGGAGGCCGAGGAACGAGCCAAAGCUGAGCAGGAGGAGAAUCUACGCCUGCAGAAACAGAAAGAAGAAGCUGAGGCGAAGGCCCGGGAGGAGGCGGAGAAGCAGCGCCUGGAGAGGGAGAAGCACUUCCAGAAGGAGGAGCAGGAGAGACUGGAGAGGAAAAGGCGGCUGGAUGAGAUCAUGAAGAGGACACGCAAGACUGAUGGAGGUGACAAGAAAGAGACCAAGCCACCUGCAGUCACAAACGACAACGACAAGCAAGCCGAAAGCAGCAAAGUGUCUACUGAUUAUCAACCGAAACCAGUGGUCAAUAACAAGACAGAAAAUGGAGAGACCAAUGUCACAGAAAGCAGCCUCUCUGUAGUUAAUGGGAUCCAGCCUACUCGACUGGAAAAUGGUCUCUCCACUAAAGAAGACGCUGACCACUUUAAAGACAUCAUCCACCUGACCAAUCAUGGCAACACUACUAACGGCGCCCGGGAGAAGUCGGAGACCAGCACGGAGCCCAUCCUGUCGUUUGAAAGUGAGGAGUCGUUCAUGAAAAAAGCCACUCCCAUCAAGCCUCAGCAUGUUGCAGAGGUCCUGUGACAUAUUCCAGCGUUCAAAUACUCAUCGCCUUAGACGUUUCCUAGCUCUGCCAGCCUCUGCAUGGCUAGCUUUGUGAUCUGUGCCAAUCAACCACCUUCUUCUACGCUCCCAAAAGUAAACGUACCUCCCCGAAGACGAUGUGGGCAGCAGAAGAUGAUAAGAGCGCAUCAGGGCACAAAACGGGACAAAGUGUUGCUGCAUACGGCGCAGGUGCAUCAGUGUCAUUUGGAAAGCUGUUUGUCGCACCAGUUAAAUGCACCAUGGUAUCACCCACCAGUAUCAUCCUUUUGUACAUAACUGCACAGCUCAGUAAUUAUUUUUUGCUGGAGAAUAAAGUGGUCCAUUUGUAGUUUAGUUAUUUAACUAAAAGAGAAAUCUAAAAGACUGGGUACUUCUUUGUGAAUACUGUAAAUGAGCUUGUUGUGUCGGACAGGGAAGGAACCAGUUUGUGAAUCUUGAGUUUUAUGAAAGGGAGUUAUUUUCUGCUUCUCUGCCAAGAGCAGAUCUUCUAAUUGAGACCCAGGUAUGAUACAUACCGGUUUGUAUAAAGCUGCCUGUGACAGUUUUGUAAAGUUAAACUGAGAAAUUGUAAGAUUUUGAAAUGUGAGUUAACAGGGAACGGCUUCUCCGCUGUGUGUAAACUUGUCAUCUGUUCCUACAUGAUCCUCCUCUGAUUGAUUGUAUGCAGAAUUGGAUGUAAAGAGUUUUAUCAUUUCAAUGAUGCAAACCCAGAAAUCACCUGCAGAAAGACAAGGAUUUACUCUUAUUGACCGUUGUUUUUCCCCCUCACACGUGCAAGCAUGGCUCAGUUUUCCAUCAUAUCCGUUGAAAUUCCUCGGGCUCGUAGGUGUUUUGAAAUGCUGCUGCUGUGUGUGUGAGUGUGUGUAUGUGUGUAUAUGCUAUAAAUAUAUUUUGAUGUGCAUUGUAAGGUCAAUGGGAGUAUUCAACGUCUUAUUAAAGACGAGCGAUCCAGUC